AUGUCGGAAAUACCGCAGUCACUGCCAGUUCAUCCACGUACGAGGCAAAGACUUCAUGAGUUGAGCGUCAAAGAUAUUUCGGACUCUUAUAAUGAUACUAGACGUCAAUUGUUUGAGACUUUGCAAAGUCUACUUGCAGAUCCAGGUGAUACUAUCGAAGAUCAAAUGAACACGCUAAUCAAGAAUUAUCAGAACCUCUGCACCCUCCAAGCAAGCUCGAUCAACCUUACGGCUCGCUUGGCGAAUGCAAAGGAUAGUUUUAGAAGUUUGUGUGAGCAGUGCGAUCCUGUUGACCCACUAACUUGGUACCAGUACGCCAGUGGUGAACUAAUGGCUCCACGACUUGCAGCACUAUUUCAAGAGGAACAGUCGGUGUCGAAAGAGACUCGACUUUCAAGGGAAGAUGUGUUACUGAGUGCACUCAAGUAUAUUUGGAACGAUCCCACCGCGAUGAUCCCAGAUGAACAAAACGAUGACUUGUACAUUGAAGGUGGGAAAAUCGAACUGCAUUGUCCUAUCACUUAUAAACCAUUCGAGACACCAAUGAUUUCGAAGAAGUGUAAUCAUGUAUUUGAUCGUCUGGGUAUUGAAAAUUAUCUACAUGGUUAUCCCUCAAGAGAUUGUCCACAAAGUGGUUGUUCUCAAAAACUGACAAUGAGUGAUUUCCAAGAAGACGAUCUGAUGAAAUUGAGGUGUAAAAUCGCCAAGGUUAAGAAGAAACCUGCCAAGACUGAAGCGUUGGAUGUUAUUUGA